UGCUGGUCCUCUUUGUAAUCAUCAUCUACGCCAUCAUCGGCCUGGAGCUCUUCAUCGGAAAGAUGCACGCCACAUGCUUCGUCAUAAAAUCAGGAGCUCUGGCAGAGGAGGAGCCCGCGCCGUGCGCUGUCUCAGGGCACGGCCGCCGCUGCCUGGUCAACGGCACCAUUUGCAGAGAGGGCUGGCAAGGCCCCAACAACGGCAUCACCAACUUUGACAACUUCCUGUUUGCCAUGCUCACCGUUUUCCAGUGUAUCACCAUGGAAGGCUGGACCGACGUUCUCUACUGGAUGAAUGAUGCGAUGGGCUUUGAGCUGCCGUGGGUCUACUUUGUCAGUCUGGUCAUCUUUGGAUCGUUCUUUGUUCUGAACCUGGUCCUGGGAGUGUUGAGUGGAGAGUUUUCCAAAGAGCGUGAAAAGGCCAAAGCUCGCGGCGACUUCCAGAAGCUGCGCGAGAAGCAGCAGCUGGAGGAGGACCUUAAAGGCUACCUGGACUGGAUCACACAAGCCGAGGACAUCGACCCCGAGAACGAGGAGGAGGGGGACGAGGAGGGCAAGCGCAAUCGGGUCACGCUGGCUGACCUCACUGAGAAGAAGAAAGGAAAGUUUGGCUGGUUCUCUCAGUCCACAGAGACACAGGCCAGCAUGCCCACGAGUGAGACAGAGUCGGCGACCACAGACAACCACAAUGGAGAAGAGGACAAAUUUUUGUGCUGUGGACCGCUGUGUCAGAAAAUAACUAAAUCAAAGUGCAGUCGGCAGUGGCGACGGUGGAACCGCUUCUGCCGCAGGAAGUGCAGGGCGGCCGUGAAAUCCGUGACGUUUUAUUGGCUCGUCAUCAUCCUGGUGUUCCUCAACACCCUCACCAUCGCGUCAGAGCACUACAACCAGCCCGAAUGGCUAACAGAAGUACAAGAAGUGGCCAAUAAGGUUCUUUUGGCUUUGUUCACUCUGGAGAUGCUUGUGAAGAUGUACAGUUUGGGGCUCCAGGCCUACUUCGUGUCGCUGUUCAACCGCUUUGAUUGUUUUGUGGUGUGUGGAGGAAUCGUGGAGACCAUCCUGGUGGAGCUGGCCAUCAUGUCUCCACUGGGGAUCUCGGUUUUGCGCUGCGUACGGCUCCUCAGGAUCUUCAAAGUUACGCGUCACUGGGCGUCUCUGAGUAACCUGGUGGCCUCUCUGCUCAACUCCAUGAAGUCCAUCGCCUCCCUGCUGCUGCUGCUCUUCCUCUUCAUCAUUAUUUUCUCCCUGCUGGGCAUGCAACUCUUCGGGGGAAAAUUCAACUUUGAUGAGACGGUGACCAAAAGAAGCACAUUUGAUAAUUUCCCCCAGGCCCUCCUCACUGUGUUUCAGAUCCUGACAGGCGAGGACUGGAACACCGUGAUGUAUGACGGCAUCAUGGCGUACGGUGGUCCGGCGUCCUCUGGCAUGGUGGUCUGCAUUUACUUCAUCAUCCUCUUCAUCUGUGGAAACUACAUCCUGCUGAAUGUGUUCUUGGCCAUCGCUGUUGAUAACCUGGCUGACGCGGAGAGCCUCAACACGGCACAGAAAGAGGAAGAAGAGGCCAAAAAGAGAAAGAAUAGUGCUAAGGACUCAAACACAGAGAAGAAGAGGAUUGAAAUAACAGAAGACGGGAAAACAACGAUGCCAACGGAGGCCUUGCUAGAGGGGGACAAAGAAUCGUACACCACCGUCGACUCACCAGGUGAUGAAGAUGAUGAUCAUGGGAACCUCCCUGAAGCCCCGCCGGGCCCCCGGAUCCAGCGACUCUCUGAACUCACCAUGAAGGAGAAGACGCCACCCAUCCCGGAGGGCAGUGCGUUUUUCAUCUUCAGCAGCACCAACUCGUUUCGUGUGCUCUGCCAUAAGCUCAUCAACCAUCAGAUCUUCACCAACCUGAUCCUGGUCUUCAUCAUGCUCAGCUCCGUUUCCCUGGCGGCCGAGGACCCCAUCCGCAACUUCUCCGCUCGCAACAUUAUCCUAGGCUAUGCAGACUAUGUCUUCACUAGUAUGUUUACAUUUGAGAUCAUUAUUAAGAUGACGGCAUUUGGAGCGUUCCUGCAUAAAGGAGCAUUCUGCAGGAACUAUUUCAACCUAUUAGACCUGGUCGUCGGCGUGUCUCUCGUCUCCUUUGGCAUUCAGUCUUCUGCGAUCUCAGUGGUGAAGAUCCUCCGUGUUUUGCGGGUCCUCCGUCCGCUCAGGGCCAUCAACAGAGCCAAAGGACUGAAACACGUGGUGCAGUGUGUAUUUGUGGCCAUCAGAACCAUCGGCAACAUCAUGAUUGUCACCACCCUCCUGCAGUUCAUGUUUGCUUGCAUCGGAGUGCAGCUCUUCAAGGGUAAAUUCUACCGGUGCACAGAUGAUGCAAAGUCCAGCCCAGAUGAGUGCAAGGGGACAUACAUUCUUUACAACAACGGGGACACGGCUCUGCCCAUGGUGAGGGAGAGGAUCUGGUACAACAGCGACUUCAACUUUGACAACGUCCUCAUGGCCAUGAUGGCCCUGUUCACUGUCUCCACCUUUGAGGGUUGGCCCACUCUGCUGUACAAGGCCAUCGACUCCAACAGGGAGAACUUGGGCCCCAUCUACAACUACCGCAUCGAGAUCUCCAUCUUCUUCAUCAUCUACAUCAUCAUCAUCGCCUUCUUCAUGAUGAACAUCUUCGUUGGUUUCGUCAUCGUUACCUUCCAGGAACAGGGAGAGAAGGAGUACAAGAACUGCGAGCUGGACAAGAACCAGCGCCAGUGUGUGGAGUACGCACUGAAAGCUCGUCCUCUGCGCCGCUACAUUCCCAAAAAUCCCUACCAGUACAAGUUCUGGUAUGUGGUCAACUCCACUGGCUUUGAGUACGUCAUGUUUGUCCUGAUCAUUCUCAACACGCUGUGUCUGGCUAUUCAGCACCAUGGCCAGUCUCUUCUGUUUAACUACGCCAUGGACAUCCUCAACAUGGUCUUCACAGGAGUCUUCACAGUGGAGAUGAUCCUAAAGCUCAUUGCCUUCAAACCCAGAAACUAUUUUGCUGAUGCAUGGAACACGUUUGAUGCCUUAAUUGUUGUGGGUAGCGUGGUUGACAUUGCCAUCACUGAGAUCAAUAACACAGAGGACAGCGCUCGCAUCUCCAUCACCUUCUUCCGCCUGUUCAGGGUGAUGCGACUGGUCAAACUCCUGAGCAGAGGGGAAGGAAUCAGGACUCUGCUGUGGACCUUCAUCAAGUCUUUCCAGGCUCUUCCAUAUGUUGCCCUCCUGAUAGCCAUGCUGUUCUUCAUCUAUGCUGUCAUCGGGGAUGUGUUUGGAAAAAUAGCAAUGGUGGACGGAACCCAAAUCAACCGCAACAACAACUUUCAAACCUUUCCCCAAGCCGUCCUCAUGCUGUUCAGAUGUGCAACAGGGGAGGCGUGGCAGGAGAUCAUGCUGGCCUGUCUGCCGGGGAAGCUGUGCGACUCAGAGUCCGACUACAACCCGGGAGAGGAGAGAACCUGCGGCAGCAACUUUGCUAUAAUCUACUUCAUCAGUUUCUACAUGCUCUGCGCCUUUCUGAUUAUCAACCUCUUUGUUGCGGUCAUUAUGGAUAACUUUGAUUAUCUGACUCGUGAUUGGUCCAUUCUUGGCCCUCACCAUCUGGAUGAAUUUAAAAGGAUAUGGUCUGAAUAUGAUCCUGAAGCCAAGGGUAGGAUUAAACAUCUUGACGUGGUCACCUUGUUGAGGAGGAUCCAGCCUCCGUUGGGCUUUGGCAAGCUCUGUCCUCACAGAGUCGCCUGUAAGCGUCUGGUGGCAAUGAACAUGCCGCUCAACAGUGACGGGACCGUCAUGUUUAACGCCACCUUGUUUGCUUUAGUCCGCACCGCCCUUAAGAUAAAGACUGAGGGUAACUUGGAGCAAGCCAACGAGGAGCUGAGAGCCGUAAUCAAGAAGAUCUGGAAGAGGACCAGCAUGAAGCUGCUGGAUCAAGUAGUGCCUCCUGCAGGCGAUGACGAGGUAACAGUGGGGAAGUUCUAUGCCACCUUCCUGAUACAGGACUACUUCAGAAAAUUCAAGAGGCGCAAAGAGCAAGGUCUGGUGGGAAGGAGGUCUUGGGAGAACACCACUCUGGCUUUGCAGGCCGGCUUGCGCACCCUGCAUGACAUUGGACCAGAAAUUCGCCGAGCCAUAUCAUGUGACCUACAGGAGGAAGGGCUUGUAGAAGCAACGGGAGAGGAAGAAGAGGAGAUUUAUCGGCGCAACGGCGGCCUUUUUGGGAAUCAUGUUAACCACGUUGGCAUGGAUCAUCCCCAGCCCACUACCGUCACGCAGCGCCCCCUACAGAUCAUCUACUGCACUCCCACUCAGAUUUGCAGGAGAGCCAGCAGCAGCGACAAGGAAGGAGAGACGGAGAUGAACUCCUCACCCAUCCACUACAACCAUCAUCAUUCCCCUCACCUGUACGAUUACCCUCACUGUAACUCCACCUCCGCUCAGUCCCCAAUACCCUCCAACGCCAACCUCAACAACGCCAACGUGCCCUCGCUUCUCUCGAUGUCCUCUGGGAGGCAGCAGAAGUGUUUAUUGCAGCGAUGUCGCCCGUCUUCAGCAAGAAAUAAGACAUCAACGUCUUACAGCAGGGGCUUGCAUGACAAGCAGUGGAAGUCCCACUCCACAAGGACGCGUUACUAUGAGGCCUAUAUUAGGUCAAAAAAUGGCGGAGCGCUUCACCCGACCAUUCGCCGAGAGGAGCCAGGCGGCAGGGACAGCGAUGAAGAGCGGGCGUCUGGGGAAUACUUCAGUGGGGAGGAAUUUUACGAAGACGACAUCAUGCUCACCAAGGACAGGUUGUCCAGGUCGGACUUCCAUGACGCUGCAGACGGAGAUUUGGACCCUUUCAGGGACGACUGUGAGUCUGAAGGUUACUGUGACGACGACAAGCAGCCUAUAUGCCAGGAUGACCGGCGGUCGCCUCGGAGAUGGUUUUUACCAUCCCCCCAAGCCUGCAACACACCAACAUUCAGCUUUGAGUGUCUUCGCAGAAGAAGUAGCAUAGAUGAAGCUCCUCCAUCUCCAUCAUGCACAGCUCUUCCACUGCACCUGAUGCAGCAGCAGGUGAUGGCAGUAGCCGGUCUGGACGCCAGCAGGAUCCCGCAUCUGUCUCCCACCAGGUCGCUACGCUCGUGGGCCACGCCUCCCGCCUCCCCCAUCAGCCGUGACUGGCCCUGCUACACGCCACUCAUACAGGUGGACUGGCGCAGUACUGGCAGUGUGGGCAAUCCUGGGGCCAUGAAGAGAAGUUCUUGGUACACCGACUGCCAGGACAGCCUGCCCAGCCGCAGCCAAACACCGUCACGUCUGCAGCUACCCGCAGAAAGCUGCUCACACUUCCUGCAAAACAGAGGCAGCGCUAGCAGUCUGGUGGAGGCUGUCCUGAUCUCUGAAGGUCUCGGGAAAUACGCCAGGGACCCCAAGUUUGUGACAGCGGCCAAACACGAGAUCGCAGACGCCUGCGAGAUGACCAUCGACGAGAUGGAGAGCGCCGCCAGCAAUCUGCUGAACGGCAGCAUGGGUAACGGCGACGUGGCGGGGACGGAAAGCGUCAGCUCAGACUCGCGACUCGCCGACGCACACCAGAGGGACGACAGCGAUGAGGAGCAGUACGUGGCUGUGAAGUGUGAGGAGGACCUAACGGACGAGAUGAUAUGCAUCACUUCUCUAUAGCAGCGACUCAGAGCGACUCUGUCUGGUUUCAUUUAACGUACGGGAAUGUCUCAGCAGGCCCCGCGGAGAACAGAAAAUUAGAAACGGGAUAAACGUGAGAGCAAAGUGCCUUGUUUUCUUUUUCUGCUUAGUAGAUUGCAGAUAAAGCGGACACAUGGUCAUAGAGAAACAAACACAAAAAACCUGCUGUAAUUGAAAUCAGGAGACAUAAAUCUACACACCAGCUUCCCGGUGGGCAAGCCAGUCGUUGAAACUUGUUUUCUAUUUUCCUAAUUGACAUCAGAUGGAUAAAAAUUCUAAACUUUUGGUUUUAGAUUCUGAGGAUGAUAUAACUCGGCUAUUGUGAGUAUUAUACAAGGCCGUAAAUCUCAUUGUUUACUUCAUAAAGAGCCA